GUUUGCUGUAACAACUCCACAACAACAAUAGUGUCUCGCAGUUUGUAAGUAUGAUAAUAUAUAUGCUGCAUUUAAAAUCUUAAGGCAAAAUGACGUCCACAACACUAUUGUCAUCAAGACUGCUUUCCUUGUUUAAGAAUGGACAAUGGAAAGAAGAGGAUGUUGUUAAACUGUUUACAGCCCUCGUCAAAGAGUUUAAUGACACAAAUGAGGAUUUUUACACAUGGAUGAAGAAAAUCCUUUAUAAAGUGGAGAUUCACAAAAUCAAAGCAUCUGAAUUGACUUUAUCAAAUAAUGAUCAGUUUGUGGAUCACGUUGCUGUCAGAAUUAAUGACAUCAUCAAAAAUAAUGAAGAGAAAACACUGGAUGAGAUUAUGAAGGAAAUCUCUGAACAAAAAGUUAUUGAUGAACAUGUUAUGGCUGAAGUGAAAGAUAUUGUUUUAUCUGUGUCCAAAUGUCUGUCAUCUUCCCCAGCACCACACCUACAAGAAAAAAAACAAAUUUUGUUUAAACUCUGCAAAGCAGUGGAAAAAACAUGGAAAUUUAAACCUCGACUGACUCAGAUGGUGAGCUGGUGCCUUCUUGUUCUUUCUGAGUCCAGUCAGCUUGUUCAGGUUGGAACAGGAGAAGGAAAGUCGUGCAUUGUGGCAAUGUUUGCUGCAUAUCAGGCCAUGAUAGGAAAAACUCCUGACAUAAUCUCCAGUUCUCCUGUACUUGCUGAAAGAGAUGCAAUUGAAUGGUCACCCUUUUAUAAGGAACUGAGUAUCACUGUUGGUGUCAACACAAACAAAACCAAAGACAGCAACCUGAAGAAGUGUUAUGAAUGUCAGGUGGUCUAUGGUACGACUGAGAGUUUUGCUGGAGAUUAUCUGAGACAGCGCUUUCACAGAAAGGAUGUGAGACCUAAUAGAGAGUUUCAAUGUGUGAUAGUGGAUGAGGUGGACUCUCUGAUGUUGGACAAAGGUCUUGAUAUGGUUUAUUUGAGCACUGAUGUUCCUCUCAUGGAAUCAUUGAAUGUUAUACUGGCUGAAAUCUGGUACGCUGUUAACCAGCUGAAGCAUUUAGACACUGGAGAGAUUUUAGGUCCUAUUCAACAUUUGUCUAAGAUUUUGUCAGAAAGGAUUCUUGAAAAUGAUAAUAUUGAUCAACUCAAGGUUGUGCAAGCAGCUGUGAAUGCUGGAAUUCUUCCUACAACAUCCACCAUACAGAAGCAAGAAGAUGUGAAAAAUGUUUUAAAACAACUAGAUAAUGCAAGUAUAAUCCAAAUUGUGGAAUUUUUGACAAUGUUUGUGAGAAAUUUCCCUGAAUAUGACCUUAAACUGUACCUCCAAGAGCCUGAUGGGAAGAUACGAAAAAUUAAUGAAACUAGCACUUUAGGUGUAAAUACGAGACAAGAAGUACAUCUUGUUCUUCUAGGAUGUGGACAGUGUCGUCUUGUGUACUUUAAGGAGGAACUUAUAGUUAAAUCAUUGGUGGGAAGUCUUAAAAAAGGAUAUCUGUCUGCAUUAAAGAAAAAACGAAAUGUAUCUUGUAUCCCUGGCCUUAGAGACCUCAUUGAUGGCAAGAUGCAAACUUGGAUUGAAAAUGCUCUUAAAGCCAAAAAUAUUUCUCUUGGGCAUGAAUACAUCCUUCAUAAAGAUGGACUUGUUCCUGUAGAUUACAGAUGUACGGGUGUCGUGCAGAAUAAUAUGAAAUGGGGGGAAGGACUUCAGCAGUUUCUUGAGAUGAAACACCAAACUAAGCUGUCCAACAUGACUCUUAUAACAAAUUUCAUGUCUAAUGUGGGCUUAUUCCAGAAAUACAACAACAACAUCUAUGGGAUUACAGGAACCUUAGGAGACCAAAAAGAGCUUGACAUGCUGAAAGAGAUCUACAAAGGCAUAAAGGCUUGUAAAAUCCCCUCAUUCAGAUGUAGGAAACUUUAUGAGUUGGAAGGCUUGGUAAUACCUGAAGAGAAGGAUUGGAUCCGGAACAUCUGUAAUGUUGUAAAGGAACAAGUGUCCUCCACAGACUAUAGAGGGCCAAGAGCAGCACUGGUUAUCUGUGAAACCAUCAAUCGUGCAGAAAUGUUGUAUAAGGAUCUUGAUGGCACCAUCUUUAAGGGCAAACUAAAACUCUACAUAAACAACAACAUGAAUAACUCGCCUAUAGUGGAUCAAACAGUUCAACCGGGUGAUGUCAUCAUUGCGACUAAUCUAGCAGGUCGAGGCACAGACUUAAAGGUCUGUGACAGCGUUAAUGAGGCUGGAGGUUUGUUUGUGUUGCAGACCUUCUUGCCCCUGAACGUCCGUGUAGAACAGCAAGCCUUUGGUCGAACUGCACGUCAAGGAAGUCCAGGAUCUGCUCAACUCAUUGUGUGCUGCAGUCAUUUCUCAGACUCAGUCAAACUGAUUAUGGUCUUAAACACAUCUCUUGCCAGUUUACUUAGCUGCCUGGAUUUUCUAGAUACCUUUACAUGUGGUUUUACAGAGAGUCUAUUUGAGAGAGCUGUUAAUCGGUACAAAGAAAAUCCCAGUUCUCAAAAUCAUGAGAAAAUGCUCUCUGUCCUAACAGCGCUUUUAAACCUGGAAUCAUUCACAUUAGUGAAAAGUAAUCUGGAUAGAGCAAAAGAGGCCAGAAAUAUUGUGGUAAAGAUCAGACUCUCAAGAUUCUUAAAAACAGACAUUCCACAAAUUACAAAAAAGGAAGAGCUUUUCUCAGUCUACCUUGAGAUUUUGGACAACAUUUAUGAGAAUGAUUGUUUUUCUAAGGAACAUGAUGUCAUUGUGUCAUCUCUUCAUGAAUGCUGGGGUCUGUGGCUCCUAAUGAAUUUCAGUGAUGAAAAAUCCAUUGAUAUACUUAAGGAGCAAUUAAAGGUGCACUUGCAGAGUGCAAAGGAAAAACUUUUGCGUAAAGAAUCUCCAUCCUCUAUGGUUUACUAUUACAUCAGGUCUGGAAACAAACUCCGUCAGAAUGGACACAUUGCAGAGAGCAUUGAGAUGUACACUAAAGCUGUGGAGGAUGGGGAUUAUGGAGAGAUCAUCCCACACUAUAAUCGUGCAUUGGCAAUUAUAACUAAGAAAGACCCUGGCUAUAUUGCUCAAGCAUUGACUGACCUGGAUAAAGCUGAAAAGGCAAUAGAUUCAUACAAGCUACAUAUGGCUUACAUUCUGAAUUUGGUAAAAUUAUCAAGCCAAGAGUCAAAAGCAGAAGAUGAUACUUUGUUUACUAAACAGUUUCAAGUAAAGACUGAGGUUCUUGACCUACUGAAGAUCAACAUUCAAGAUGCUGUAAUGAAGCUGAAGAGUGCUGAAAGAUCAGGAAGAGAAGUAAAGCUGACUACAAAACAUGCACUAUUCCUGAUAGAACACAACUCUGUCUGUUCUACAACACUUCUGAUAGAAAUGCUUGUCUCUUCUCCAACACUUUUGAUAGAACUGUCAUUGGAACUUCAUCAUAUCAUAUCAUUGGGCCUUGACACAAUUUUCUCUCUGGACACUUUAUUUUCUGUCAGUGGAUUUUUGUCAAUGUUCUUAAGGUAGACUUUCACUUGUAUGAAGCACUUUACACAAUGAAGAAACAUUUGUAAUUGUUUUGUAAAUUAUAACAUUGUUUAAUAUCAUUCUUGUACAUAUUUAUUUUCUAUACCACUUAACCAACAGAUUCUCCAGUGCUCAGAGUUCUCUGUCCUGUAUAGACCAAUUUAGAGUAGACGUCACAGUUAGGUCACUGCAAGCUGCGCGCGCAAUGCGGUUGCAGAAAAACAGUGGAAAUGAAUUAGACACGAGUGAAACGAGCAAGAUAACUCACUAGAAAAUAUCAUGUUGUGCUGUUAAGUGUCAGAAUAGGAAUGCCAAAAAAGAUGGCUUUCAUUUUUAUAGAAUACCAUCGUCGAAGACACCAUUUGAAGAAAAACGUAGGUGUUUAUGUUUGCAAUAAGCCUUUAAACGGACAGACUGGAGCGAGGAAAUCAUCUGGAAAUCUAUUAAUAAUUAGAAUAGAAAAUAAGUAGAGAAGAUUUCCGGUGUUCUGUUGAAGUCUGUUACAUCUAUGUGUUUCUUAUAGGGUUUUUAUCACAUUAUGUUUAUAAUUUAUUAAGAAUUAAUGUUUUUUUUAUAGUGAAAAAGCAAUAAUAUCAAUUUUUUUUAAAUUUCAUAUUUUUUUCAUUUUCUAUUAUUUCUUUUUAUUUCCUUAUACCUUAGCUUA